GGAUCAGUUGUAUUUUUAUAUUUGAAUGAAACAGUCGCAUAAUUGUUCCGAGGGUCAAUGUUGACAAUCAACUAAAAAAUAUAUAUAAAUAGGAUUCGCCACUUAAGUGAAUUCAAAUCGUAAUGAUGAACAGAAAUAUGUUUGAGAUUAAGAAGGCAAGAAGCUUAUCAUUUGUCUUGUGUGCUGUUCUAAUGCUCAGCGCCUUAUUGUCAACACGCGUUGUAGCCAAGCCAGCUGGAGAAUCAAUUUCUGAAGCAGACGUAUUCCCCGCAGUAGAAGAUUCUUCCAAUCCAAUAACGGUUUCAGAGGUAGCAGUCACUACUGAAAGCAUUUCCCUAACGACGGAAUCCACAGUUACCACAGAAGCAGUCGCGAGUAGUGAGAACGAUUUGGAUAACAAUGAAAUCACAAAUACGGAUCCCAAAAACGAAUUCCUCAAGUCCUAUGCCACCAAGAUGUUGAGCUAUAUGAAUCUCACCGUGAAGCCAUGUGAUGAUUUCUAUGAGUACGCAUGUGGCAACUGGAAGAAUGUGAAACCGGAAAGGCAAACCGAAAAUAAACGUAGCAAUCUGUUGGAUAUAGUUUACACUCUGGCCGAUGUAAGUGAACAGCUGCUGGUAUCAGAUACACAGCUUGCCACGGAUCUGGGCUAUGGUAAUGAGAUGAAGAUUGCACAACAAUUCUAUAACGCGUGCUUGAAUGCUGAGCUCUAUCCACUGCCAGCAGCUGACCCCGCUUAUCUGAAGCUUAUCAGGUCGAUUGGCGGAUUUCCCGCUUUAGAUGGUCAAGCAUGGCAAGCCUCGAAUUUCAGUUGGUUUAACAUGAGUGCACAUUUGACGAGCUAUGGUGGCAUUGGUCUCAUCUAUGAAAAGAUUAGUCCUACCUAUCCAUUUCCGCCGUACUUCCAGUUGCCUGAACUCGGCUUCGACUUUAUCGUUCACAGCGACAACAUCGCCACCAAUGACACCAAAGGAUACAAGCGCAACGAGAAGCGCAUGCACGAAUAUCUGACGGCCAAUGGAUUAUCCGAGGAAAAGACAGCCGAUGUGAUAGCUGGAGUGUUUGCCUUUUGGCGUGAAGCGUUGCAGGUUGCUGAUCGUUUUAAAGAGAAUGAUGAAAAAUGUGAAGAACUGACCAAUACUGAGAGCUUGAAGUUGUUUUCGGGUUGGAGAGAUUACUAUGAUAUCGUCUGGGGCGGUGCUGAGCAUUUCGGUGUUUAUCCACCUGAACACUUCUGCGACUUCUAUUACCAUGAGCUGGAUAAAGUGUGUGCCAAGCACAAAGAAGCCGUUGCCAACUAUCUGGCCAUGAAGCUGCUGUAUACUAUGGAUUCUAAACUGAAAUCAACCAAGUUUCAGCGUGAACGCUGCCUACUAGAAGUGCAGUCCUCGGUGCCGUAUCUGUUGGACAAACUUUACUAUACGAAAUAUUUUACCAAAGAAACUCAAUCGGAUAUCGUAGAGAUAAUUAAGGAAUUACGUGAGUUUCUACACGAAGUCCUCAAUAAUGCAACCUGGAUCGAUGAAGAGACUCGCAAGGAGGCAUUGUUAAAAGAGUCAACAAUGACAUCACGUAUGGGUUCGUUUAAGGAUGAGCACCUAGCGCAGCUUCUCAUACGCGAAAUGAACAAUCUCACCUUUGUGCCAGACAGUUAUACACAAAGCAUCAUCAAUUUAAGGAAAUUCCGCAGAUAUAUGAAGCGCUACAAUUCUAUACAUCACAAGCAGCUGUCAAACGAAACAAAACCGUUGGAACUGUUGCUGGGUAUGCAAGUGAAUGCAUUCUACUAUAAUGUGGACAAUUCGAUUAAUGUGAUGUCCGGGUUGCUGCAUCCGCCAGCCUAUCAUCAUGAUUGGCCCAAUUCGCUAAAGUAUGGCACGUUCGGUUAUUUGGUUGGUCACGAACUGUCUCAUGGUUUUGAUAGCGUUGGUUCCCACUAUGAUAACAAAGGCGAGGACCGAAGCUGGUGGAGCAAAAAGUCCAUUGUGGAGUUCAAUAAUCGCACUCAAUGUUUUGUAGAUCAAUACGGUAAGUAUAACGUGUCAGAGAUCAAUCGUAAUAUCGAUGGCGAUAAAACAAAGGAUGAGAAUAUGGCCGAUAUUGGUGGACUAUAUGAGGCAAUGAAUGCUUAUCGCCUCCACACGAAACAUCUGAGGCACGAACAAGAUGUGUCUUAUGACAUGACUAAUGAACAAAUGCCCGGCAUGGACUUGUCACCAGAGCAGCUCUUCUUUUUGGGCUUUGCCCAGGUUUGGUGUGCCGAUUACAAGGAGGAGCACUAUUGGGAGGAACUAACUGACGAGCAUACGGUUGAUAAGUUCCGUGUGAUUGGCGCUGUGAGCAACAGCGAGGACUUCGCCAAGGCAUACAACUGUCCAGUCGGUAGCCCAAUGAAUCCCAAUACAAAAUGUCGUAUCUGGUAA